AUGAAAUGUAUAAAGUUCAUACUAUUAAUAUGGGUUAGUGUCGUCUUAGAUAUUAAUAAUUUUAAACUUCCAUCAAUAAUUCAAAUAGGAGCAAUAUUUGAUGAAAAAGACAUUCAAUCUCGAACUGCAUUUGAAUAUGCAGUGAAAAAAAUAAACGAAAAUUCAAAUUUAUUUUCACAAAACACAACAAUUGUCUAUCAAAUGGGAAAUGUAUCAUCACAUGACAGUUAUUCAGCAUAUCGAAUAGUUUGUAAUCAACUUCAUCAAGGUGUUGCAGCCGUUUUUACAGGAUAUCUAACACCCGCUUUAGAACAUGUUGGCUCAUUAACAAGUUUACUUCAUAUUCCAUUCUUUAUUUCAUCAUCCGAUCGUCAAACUAAAGUGGAUAUUUAUAAUUUAAAUGUUUAUCCACAUUAUACUACAACGAGUUUAGCAUUCAAUGAUCUUAUUAAAUUUCAAGAAUGGGACGAAUUAACUAUUAUAAUUGAACAUGCUGAAAAUUUGUUAUAUUUACAAGAUCUUUUUAGAUUACCAGUCGAGACACCGACAAUGAAAGUAACUGUUAGACAAUUACGGGAUAAACCAGAAAAAUGGUUACCGCUAUUGAAACAAUUACAAGAAUCAGGUGUCUCGAAAUUUUUAGUCGAUAUUUCAACGGAGCAGUUGAGAAAUUUUUUUGAACAGGCGAAAAUAGCAGGAUUAGUGGGACCCUAUUAUCAUUUUGUGUUAACAUCAAUGGACAUUUCAACUAUUGAUUGGAAUAAAAUGUUUUUUACAUUGGUGAAUGUAACUGGAUUACGAAUUUUUAAUGCAAAAGAUCAAGCAAUAAAAGAAUUUUUCAACGUCAACCAGAGUAUAUUACUUACACACAAUGAAUCAUCAAUUCGAACAUCAACUGCAUUAAUGUAUGAUUCAGUAUACUUUUUUGCAAGAGCACUAAUAGAAUAUGUUAAACAAAAUGAACUUUAUAUAAGACAACUUUCAUGUGAUGCUGAAGAACAAUGGGAUAUUUAUGGAUUCAAGUUUGCCAGUUUUCUUAAAAGAUUUGAAGUAAAUGGUAUAACUGGUAUUAUCAAAUUUGAUGAAAAUGGUUUACGAACAAAAGAUUUGAAAUUCGAUGUGAUCGAUUUGGCUGAUGAUGGAGUUCAGAAAAUAGGCACAUGGACAUCCAGUUACGAUUGUGUACGAUUAAAUAUUCAACGUAAUUAUACGAAAGAUUUUGAGAUACGAAAACAUGAAAUAGAAAAUCAAAAUUUGAGAGUUAUAACAAUUAUAGAGCCGCCAUAUGUUAUGUUAAACAAUAGUAGUAGUAGUUAUACGAAUGAAACAAAGGAUUUUUUUGGUUUUUGUAUUGAUAUUCUGAAAGAAUUAUCUAUUCGUUUAAAUUUUACAUACGAAAUUUCGGUUGUUGCCGACGGAACAUUUGGAAAACGAAAUGACAGUGGAAAAUGGAAUGGUAUCAUUGGUGAACUUGUUGCAAGGCGUGCUGAUCUAGGUUUAGCCGGCCUAACAAUAACAUAUCAACGUGAACAAGUCAUCGAUUUUACUAAACCAUUUUUAACACUUGGUAUUAAUAUUUUAUAUAAAAAACCACAAAAAAAAGCUCCGAAUCUAUUUUCAUUUUUGGCACCUUUAAGUGUCGAAGUAUGGCUCUAUAUGAUCGUUGCUUAUUUUGUUGUUAGUUUUAUUUUGUAUAUUGUUGCUCAUCUUUCACCAUACGAAUGGAGAAAUACACGUCCCUGUAGAAGAAGGAAUAUAGAACUAGAAAAUCAAUUUACAUUGUUGAAUUCUCUAUGGUUUAUCAUUGGAAAUCUGAUGCAACAAGCGGCCUUUUUGACUGUUCAACGUAUGCAAACACCGAUUGAACAUGCUGAAGAUUUAGCAAGACAAACUGAAAUUGCGUACGGCGUACAACGAGGUGGCUCAACAGAAAACUUUUUUCGAGAAUCGAAAUUAGCCACAUAUGAACGUAUGUGGACAUUUAUAUCAGGAAACUAUGAACGCGUAACUGUUCCUUCGAGCCUAGCGGGAAUAGAAAAAGUGAAAAAAGAAAAUUAUGCAUUUCUUAUCGAAUCGACAACAAGUGAAUAUAAUAUCAUGCGAGACUGUAAUUUAACGUCAAUUGGGGGUUUAUUAGAUAGCAAAGGUUUGCUACUUAUGCUAUCUAUUUCUGGUAUAUAA